UUGGUUCCUUGGUUUUAGAAACUUGUAUUAGACAAUUGAUAUUGUAUGCAAGUUUAAGCUUUUGAAUCAACAAAUCUUCAAAUCUUCAUCUUUAUUGUUCUUGAUUUCUUGAAGAUCAUCAAGUUUGGAUUCCGCCCAUCCUUGUUGAUCGUUUGAUAUCGUUGUUUGAUCCGUAUUUUCGGGAUUUACAAUUGGAAUCAGAGCCACUUUGAUAUCAAACUCUCAAGAAAAAUUUGAAUUUUGGUUGAAGAUCUUGAUAGUGUUCUUCGGGUUGUUCAUCGUGUUCUUCGAAGAAUCACUAUAUUUUGCUUUUUGAUCUGUUUGGAAAAGUGUUAAAAUAUUCAUAUCUUCAUCACUUAUCAUCAGUGACAUCAUCAUAUCUAUCCGAAAUCAUCAUCUCAUCUCAUCAAUAUCAUCCUUUCAUCAUUAUCAAAAGUCAACAUCAUCUUAUCAACAGCAGACAUCAUCGUACAAUUGUUCCUUCAUCGUCAUAACAGCAGACAACAACCUCUAACAUCAACAGUGAAUUAUCAUCAUCAUCUUAUCAUCAUCACUCCAUCUUGAGUCAUUCCGGAUAAAACCCAUCUUCAUAACACUCCAUCUCGAGUCAUUCCGGAUAAAAAACUUUGGGCAUCUCGGACCAACAUUCCUCAUCCGUAAUGCAUCUUCAAUUCCAUCCGUGAUAACCUUUUCAUCCGGAAUCAUAUUAUCUAAUCCGUAAUCAUCCGGGAUCGUCAUUUCGAACAUUCAUCAUCAUCAGAAUUUCAUCCGUGUCGUAUCCGUGACGUUAUCAUCAUCCGAUAUCGUUCUGUUUCACUCGAUCCGAAACGUAUCCCGGUUCAUCAUCAUCAUCUCUGUUCAUCUCCGUUUUGUUCUCUCCGUUCAUCAUUCCUCAUCGUCCUCAUCAUCAUCUCUGUUCAUCUUCAUCGCCGACCACCGCACACUCACCUUUGUUCGACUCCGGCUUCCGACGACCACCCCCUACCUGCAACUACCUCUACACCACCCACCGUGUUCAUUACUUUCCUCUCCGAUCAUUCCCUCAACCUCCGGUCACCACUUUUAUCAUCGUUCACCCUAAAACCUGCAUCCACCUUCUUCAUCUCCGCCAUUUUCGAUCGCCUUUUUCACCUUCGUCGUCGUCUCCGACUAUCGUAAACCUGCAACUCUUUCAUCCUCUCGGACCUUGCAACUCCGAUCUUCUCUGUUCAGUUUCCGACGUCGUUACCUGCAACAUCCCUCCUCCGGUUAACGUCGUUUCAUUCCCGACGACGUACCAUCAAACAACGUCACCUUACCACUGCUUCCGUUCAUUGUUUCCGUAACAAACCUCCAUCGUUCCUCAUCAUCGUCGCCGACCUUCACACCUGUAAACCACCUCCGGCGACUAUCAUCAUCAUCGUUAUUUUCAGUUCCGGUGUUGUCGGAAAAGUUGGCGGCGGCUGCGUUACUAAUUAGGGUUUCGGAGGAUUCAUUUUAACGAACAAGACAGAAACGACGUCCCGAUGCAAAAGGAAUGAAAAACGAGCUUAAACGAUCAAUGCACGAAGAAUCAGGAAAUAUUAAAUAAAGCCGAAACACGAAGGGUUAAAUUGCAAUUAAAGAAAAGUUGUUAAAAAAUAGUUCAUAGAAUUAUAGGGGCCAAAGUGCAAAAUGUUUGAAAGUUGGAAUUAGUUCCAACAUCUAAACUCACGUGAAUUAGAAGAAAGAAAAGAAUAGGGCGCAAGUUUGGAGGUGGCAUUGUUAUUUUGGGCUGGCUGUUGAUGAAAUAAUGAGGCCAUCGGCAUUUGAUUAUUGCAUUCACGACAAAAGGCAGAAGAGACUUGGGCGGCCCAUUAGUGAAACCCUACGUAAAAAAGAAAAAUAUAGGGAGGACAUCUACCUUAACACGAAGCGGAGGCAAUAUCACAGAAGGCAUAAAGAGGAGGCUGUUUCUUUUGGAGCAAGAAAGAAGGAAUAUUCGGUUUUCGAGUUUGGAGCAUUACGGGUUUGAUAUUGCGCUUAUUUUUCUAAUCCUUUGCAUUGAAACCAUGUUUUGUUUUAUUUUCAGAACUGAAUUUGUUAUGCUUUUGAUCAAUAUGAGUAGCUAAACUUUUUAUGGUUGCCUAGGGUUGAUGAACUAGACAAUUUGUUUAAAUGAUUAACUUUUGGUUUUGAAUGAAUGUGAUGAUUUAUAAGUUAUAAUUUUUUGAACGUGAUUCUAACUAUUUGUGUGUUGGUUUUGAUUGGUUUGAUAAUAUAUUUGUUGGUUCCAUUGCUCUAGAUACUUAGAAAUAUACUUUAGAGCCAGGAGUCAGUCUAGGUUGUAAUCUUUCGGUCUAGACCUUGAAGGUGAGAAAUCUAAUUCAAGUGUAAUAAUUAUUAAAACCAAUUAAUUAAAACGUGCAAUCUCUUCUAGAGGUGAGAAAUCUAAUCUAGAAUUGCUAGGUUAUUAGCUGGGCGUUGUUUGACAGUUUGGGUGGCCGAUAACUCGGGUUCAUCUGUUUAUUCGCGUCUAGAGUUUCCUAGGGUCUCGGUGUUCUUAGUUAUUUCUGCUUCAUAAUUUGAGGGUUUUAGUAAAUAAAUUGCUUUAUACCUGAUAGUUGUGGGACUUGGUGGUCGAUAACUCGAGUCAGUCCAUUUUAGCACUUCAUCACUUGUCAUACUGUCAGGUUCGGUUUACCUUCCAGGGGUUUAUCGGGUUAGGCAGAGUCUUCUUUCAGAACCAAGGUUAGGAUUUUAUUCAUGAGUCUAGGGAUUCUUACCUAGGUAACCUAUUUUUCUCAUACUUGAGUUUCAGUCCAGUCUUUAGUCGCCUGCGCUUGCUGCUGUUUGAUCGUCUAUUUAGUUAAAUUGCUUUUUAGUUUAAAAAAAAUAUUUUUCUCAAAACAAAACCAAUUUAUUAGGCUAGGGCUCGAUAGAGGUUCAGUAUCAAGAGUCGCUAGAUUGUGUCCACGGUUCGAUACUCGGACUUACUUGUUUUACUACUUACGACCGGUACACUUGCCGGUAGUGUGUGGUUUACGGUUUUUCCAAUUUUUAAAACUUGUUGAAUUUAAUUAAUACAUAUUUCACACAUCAAGUUUUUGGCGCCGCUGCCGGGGACACAGUGCACUUUUGAGGACGAGCCGAGUCGGGGAUUUAGCCAUUUUACUGCUUUCUUAGAUUAGUUGUUUUUGUUAUUUCUUAGUUAAAAAAAAUAAAAAAAAUAUAUAUAUAUAAUAAAAACCAAAAAUUAAAAAAAAAUAGUUGUUUUUUUUAGGAUACUUGCUAGUUCUGUGUGCCUACUUAUUUAGCUAGUUGUAUGCACACAUGUUCCUCGAGCCCACCUGAUACUUCACCAUUCUCUGAGCCCGAAUCCGAAUUCCGUCGUCGCCUACGUCAGCUUAAGUUUAAGGUUCCAAAAGUAGAAUUCAAUUUAGAAGCCGAAGUAGUUAUGGCUGAUCGUAGGACUGUUGCUGAUCACAUUAGUGUUGCUCCCACCACCGUUCGCUCGAGCAUCACACUUCCUGCUAUAGAGGCGAACAACUGGACCAUCCCACCUACCUUGAUCAACACCAUUACCCAUUCGGUCCAGUUCCAUGGUUUACGAGACGAGGACCCACAUGCUCAUCUGACUAGAUUCGGUAGGGUCUGUAGUACUUUUCGCCUUACGGGCGUCACUGAGGAGGCCAUUCACCUUCGUCUGUUUCCAUUCUCACUCAUUGAUCAGGCUGCUAUCUGGCUGGACUCCCUCCCACAAGGGGCCAUCACCACUUGGAAUGAUCUUCAGUCCAAAUUCCUUCAGAAACAUUUCCCACCUGCUAAGACAGCUCGUCUUAGAAAUCUUAUCUACGCAUUCACCGAGCAGCCGGGGGAGUCUUUCUAUGAGACUUGGGAUAGGUUUAAGGCGUUGCUGAACAAGUGCCCACACCAUGGGCUUGAGGAGUGGAGAGUCGUGGAGAAAUUCUAUAAUGGAGUUUCUGAAGCGACUAAGAGACUGCUUGACUCCACAGCAGGAGGCAACAUGAUGAAGACCAAGACAGUUGCUGAGUGUCUUGAGAUGAUAGAGGAUCUAGCCACUAGUACUUACACCGAGCCAAGCUUUGGGGGCGUUACUGCUGCCCCUAAAGGUAUUCAUACUGUGGAUUCUAGUGUAGCCUUAGCCUCCCAGGUCGAAUCCUUGACAAAGAUGGUCAAGGACAUUCAGGUUAAGAUUAGUUCUAAGUGUGAGGUGUGUAGAGGUGGGCAUGAGACGAUAGAUUUCCCUGUAGGAUAUGAGGAGGAGUUGAGUUUUGUUCAGAACCAGGGACGAGGCCAGAGUUACAACUCUGGAAGGCAGCAACCCCAGACCUCAAACUGGCAGGGCAGGAAUCCCCUUGGAUUCCAGCCUCGCCAGAGUCUGUUUCAGACCCCUGCUGAUGGACAGAACAGUGCAGAGUCUAAAUCUGAGUUGAGCGAGUUUUUGAAGAGGAAUGAGGAGAGUCAGAGUAGGACUAACAAACUCCUAGAGUCGAUAGUGGCGCAAGGUGAGGCUAGACAUCAGGAGCAGCUGAAGAAAAACCAGGAGUUUGAGUUGAUGUUUAGGAAUCAAGGGUCCACCAUACAGAGUCUAGAGAGGACCAUAGGAGAAAUGGCGAGCAGGAUGACUGAGAGGCCCGCAGGUUCAUUCCCUAGCACCACCCAGCUUAACCCUAAUGCCCAGUUACAUGCCGUGUUCACACGUAGUGGUAGGAGCACAGGACUUGUUGAUGAAGGGUUUGAGAUAGAGAAGGUGAUAGAACCUGAGAGGGUUGUUGAGAAAGAGGUAGAACCAGAAAAGGUAGUUGAGAAUGUGGUUGAACCGGAAGAUGGGAAUGUAGAAGAACCGGUUGAAGUGUAUGAGCCCAUUCCUCCAUACCCUAUGAGACUUUUGAAUAAGAAGCAAAUUGCUCAAUAUAAUGGGUUUUUAGAGAUGAUAAAAAAGCUUCACGUAGACAUUCCCUUCCUUGAGGCUUUGGCUAAAAUGCCUAAAUUUGCCAAGUUUCUCAAGGGACUCCUGCUCAAUAAGAAGAAAAUUGAGGAUCUUUCAAUUAUUACAUUGAGUGAGGAAUGUUCAGCAGUGAUCUCGAACAAACUUCCCACAAAGAUGCCAGAUCCGGGAAGUUUCACCAUUCCUUGUGAGAUAGAGGGUUAUGAGUUUAGGACUGCUUUGGCCGACCUAGGAGCUAGUAUAAAUGUGAUGCCAUAUUCUGUGUUUAAGAAGCUUAAGCUAGGAGAGCCUACCCCGACCUACAUGAAUGUUCAACUCGCCGAUCGUUCAGUGAAAUUUCCUAGAGGUAUAAUUGAAAACGUGCUAGUGAAAGUAGGUAAGUUUGUGUUCCCUACUGAUUUUGUUGUUCUAGACAUGGGCGAGGAUCGUAGUGGGCACUCUUGUGUUUCACUCAUCUUAGGUCGUCCAUUCCUUUCUACCGCGAAAGCUAUAAUAGAUGUUCAUGGCGGUAAGAUAACUCUUGGUGUCACCGAUGACACGGUUACAUUCCAUGUUAAUGGAAAGAAUUCCGAGAAGGUAGGGACGCCCUCGGUAAUUAGGCAAGAGUUAAAGGGAAUUGGAGAUGUUAGAAUGGAGAGUGAUAGGAAGAAAAAGAAGCAUGUUAGGUUUAAGGAAAAGGUGGAAGUCGUAGGAAGUGAGGUUGAGUUUAAGGAUAAUUCUUGGAGUUCGGGAAAGGAAGAUGAAUGGGGAGAGUUUAGUUCUGGAGAUGUGAAGGAAACUAAGUGUGGGGAUGAUAUUUUAGUGUGUAAUUCAAGGUAUAAAUAUCCCUACACGAGCGAGCAUAAGUCGAGUUGGUUUGAUGGCGACUUUUGGAGAAAGAAGGGUUUCGGUAUGAGUAAUUGUUUUAGAGGCCCUAGUGAGAGGUUCAGGGGUGAGUUUGAUAUUUAUGAUCCCCCGUGAGUUAUGAUAACUUGUUGUAGAAUUGUAUAUUUUUUUGUAAUGUUUCGUAUUUGUUUUAUUUUAUUUUGAGUCUUAGUUAGUCUGUUUGAGUCAGCUUGAGUCGGUACUGCUUGGUUUUUUUUCUUGUUUUUGUUUAUGCAGGUUUGAAUAUGUACCACCCGUACUCAAUCUCCAUUCGGGUGAUUUCGGAGCUGUACACCAAUUUCAAGAAAUUUACCAAGUGUACUAGUCAGAGUCAAGGCCGAUCGCGACUGAAAUGCUAUACGAUCGAGCCGGAUUAGACGAGAGAUUUGGAGCAUAUGUGAUGAUAAAACCAGCUAAGUCCUUUCCAAUUUGCCCUUAGUCUUUUUAUUCUUAUUUAUUUUUAGUUUUUGAGUCGGUUUCCAUCCUACAUUGAGGGCAAUGUAGAGUUUAAG